UUUCAGUUUCAUCUGUCGACGUUCUUUGGUAAGUAACAAAAACAUUUACCAUGUCGGGGUAUACCAAACUCGGCAAUUGUUUCCACUUUCAUUGCCUUUAUUAUGAGAAAUUCGUGUCUCAUAACCUCACAUACAUAACCUCGUAUAUAACUUUGUGUUAUAGGUUGUGACUAAAAUGUAUUCCGUCAUAGAAUUUAGCAGAGAUUCUGGAGGAGGUUUAGCCGUUAUUAGGUCGCAAUGGUUAACUCCGAGAAAAAAGGAAUGUUUCUGGCCGCCAGCUAAGGAUUCGGGCAAAUUUGAUAAAAUUUUGAUAUCGGUAGAAUUGCCUGAUACAGAAAAGUGGAAGUUGUAUGCCUUAGAAAGAAUAUUUGUGCAGUGUGACGAUUUUGAGAGUGCUCGAAGGAAAUUACGGAAGGCAGAAGAGACACCAGAUUUGCAAAGCGAGAGUGGGGAGGAAGAGAGGAAAAGGAAACGAGUUUUACCGCGUAGGCUGCAAAUUGCAGAUAGUUCAUCGGAUGAAGAUUCGAGUAACACUCUUCCACGACCUCCUCAAAUUAGAACUGUCCUCAGCGAUACUCAUUCUUUGUAUUCACAAGUAGAGGAAGCAGUGCAUACAACACCAAGUACAAGCAGUACAAUUAAAUCCAAAAGUAUACUCCGCCAUGUGAAUUCAGAUACUCCUAUUCCUAAUUCGGUAUCGGGAAAAGAUGUUACAUUAGUCAGUUCUUCAGGUAAUAAAAUAUCGUGUUAAUUUUAUGUGGUAACAUUGUUCUUAGGUGGUAAUAAUGAAAAAAUAUUAUCAGUUUUGCUGCACAUUAAAGCGCAAAAUGACCAAAUAAUCUCCAUGAUAAAUAAACAAAAUAAAAGUUCAUCAAUUAAUCCACACCGUUGUCUGCCAGACCUACCAGUGUCUUUGCCCAUAUUAACCCAACAAGACGUUUUAACACUUGAAGAUCAUCUGCAAUCAAAUGUAGACGAUUUCAACAGUUUGGUAAAUUAUUUUGCCAGUGUUGGAGGUCACAAUACUCCUAAUCAAGUUAAUAAUAUACUAAGACGCUUAUUAUCGGAUCAAGUAGCAAGCCAAUAUAGUUUCUUGGGAAAACGAUUGAACAAGUUUUCAUUCAAUUCAUUUCACCUAAAAGCUGCUGUUGUCAGUGCUGUCAAAGCUACUUCGCCAUCGUCAGAAAGACAAAUAGAAGACAUCAUAAAGGUG